AUAACUGAGAAGGAGGCAGCACUUUUUUUAUUUGCAUUUAUUGCAAGUUGCAACCAAUUAAUAAAUACAUAAGAUUACAAACAAUGGCAGAAACACGAAAUAAAGAUGCCUGUACGAUUUGUGAGAAAGUGGGUUUAAAACCGUUUACCAAAGACAACGUUUUCAACUAUUAUAUACCACUGCACGGUCUGGUUAGCUACGGAGCGCUGAGCGUCAACGUCAUGAAUCCCCAAAUUGUACCCAAGCUGCUGCCCAAAAAGGAUCUGACAAAUGUGUUUCUCAUUUCCGCCGUUGUCGGCAGUGCUUUCUACAUUUACGGCCGUCCACACUUGGCGGAUAUUCAGAACAGCAAGCGCGGAGUGUACGCAUUACUUGGUGCUACACUGUUCAGCAUGGGAUCAGUUCUUGCCUGGGCGCUGAUUAAGUCGGCGUUGCCAAAGGAUAAUUCACUGCUGGCCACUGUUGCCGGGCUGGGCGCAGGUGCUGUUAUUGUCAAAGUUGCCACAGACUACAUUCAGGACGUUGACAAGCUCAAGAAGUAAAUAAAGGCAAAGGGCGAAUUUCUUGUAGUACAUUAUCUAUAUAGUUUUAUAAAGUUAAACAUACAUAAUGUCUUGCAAAAUAUAUACAUACGUGCACAAUUGAAAUAAAAAAUUAUUUAGUGAAAA